AUGGUGCAUCUGACGCACUCCGCGAUCCACUGGAAGCUCCGAUGCAUCGUCGACUCCUCCUCCUCCUCCUCCAGCGACGAGAACACGCCGCCGAACGUCAGCAGCGCCCGUGCCAUGGGUGCUGACGGUGGCUCCAGUGCGACGGGCACGGCGACGCCGCCCUGGCUGACUCCAGAGCGGACCAAGCACCGAUCCAAGCGCGUGACGAACCCGCCGGCAACGCCAGAGACGCUGACGACCCCGCUGCCAACUUGGGGGGCGCGCACAAGCCCGACGACGUCCUCGCCCGUGCUCCUGGAAACGCCCCCAAUAUCGCUGCCGCGCGCCACGACAAGCGCGGCGCUUCACCCUCGCCAAGGGCGUCAAGCACGCCAAGCCGCUGUCGCCCCGUACUCACGCCAGCGCUUGGGGCCCCGCCAUGUGCCGCGCAGCCAGCGCACAGAGCCCCGUCAUGUGCCGCGCAGCCAGCGCACGGAGCCCCGUCAUGUACCGCUGUGA